GUACCAACGAGAGAGAGAGAGAGAGAGAGAGUCUGUCUGUCUGCCUGCCUGCCUGAAACUAUGAGAGAAUGUAGUGAGGUAAAAGACUCAAGAGUUCUAUUGUAAUGUUAGAGGGAGAGAGAUACUGAGAGAGAGCGGAGAGAGUUUUAUCAACAGCUGUGUUGUGCAGUGUCCUCGAAUCAAGGAUAAGUUUGCUACAGUAUCGUGAGUCAGGUGUCACAAUUUCACCCUCUGUCUCGCAGUCAAGGAUAUCGCAUUGAGUAAAGACCCCUCCUCUCCCCCCUGCUCCCCUCUCCUCUCUCGUCCGGGCUCGGUGAUGUCUUUUACCUCGGAGGAGGGUUCCGCUGAGCUGAAGGACCCCCGGGUCGUGUUCCAGAGUCUCCACUUGGUUCUCGAUGAGAACAUCGCCUUCUUCCGCGGGCAGGGCUCCUCCGAGCCAGCCCGGCGCUUCGUGGCCGUCUUCUCCCUGAUCCAGAGCCACGCCCGCAGCCUGGAGCCCGCCAUCCAGGCCUUCACCAGCGUGUACCAUGUGUUCGACUUCGACGCGGCCACGCCUGCCAACGGGUACCGCAGUCUGGUCAAGGUGGUCCUCUCCUGCCUUCUCCACAUCGUCCACAAGGGGCGCUACGUGUCCUCGAGCUGGCGCAGUUUGUUUUUCCGGGCGAGCCACAACGUGACGGAGCUGGAGUCGUACUGCUCCGCGCUGUGCCAGCUCCGCGCCCUGGUGUACUUCGCCCAGCGCCUGCUCACCGCCAACCGCCACGGAGACCUCUUCUUCCUGGAGGAGAGGGGCCUGUCGGAGGAGUUCGUGCGCCAGUACGCCUCCAUGCACAAGGGCUGCUUCUACGGGAGGUGCAUGGGGUUCCAGUUCACUCCGGCUAUCCGCCCCUUCCUGCAGACCAUCUCCAUCGGCCUGGUGUCCUUCGGAGAGAAUUACAAGAGACACCAGUCAGGGAUCGGAGUGGCAGCGAGCUCGCUCUUCACCAGCGGGAAGUACGUCAUGGACCCGGAGCUGCGAGGAUUCGAGUUCGAGAGAAUCACACAGAACCUGGACGUGAACUUCUGGAAAGCCUUCUGGAACAUCACUGAGAUGGAGGUGUUAGCGUCUCUAGCGAAUAUCACCUCCACGACGGUGCGUGUGAACAAGGCCCUGUCGGUGCCCCCCCACUCCUUCGAGCUGCCCCUCGCUGCGGACCCCCGGCUCCACGUCACCAUCACCCCCCCUGUGGCGCACUGCGGUCCGGCACCCGUGAACAUGAGGCUGCUCUCCUACGAGCUCAAGGAGGGGCAGGACAGUGAGGAGCUCUCCUCCCUGGUGAAGCAGGAUGGCUCAUCUCUCAACAUCGAUCUCCGAUCGAAGCCCCGGCGCGGCCCCCCCUCCAAAUACCUGCUCGUGCAUUUCCAUGGGGGGGGCUUCGUCGCACAGACCUCCAAAUCACAUGAGCCGUACCUGAAGAGCUGGGCUCAUGAGCUGGAUACCCCGAUCCUCUCCAUUGAUUACUCGCUGGCCCCUGAGGCCCCCUUCCCCCGGGCCCUGGAGGAGUGCUUCUUCGCGUACUGCUGGGCCCUCAAGAACUGCCACCUGCUGGGCUCGACGGCGGAGCGGGUGUGCCUGGCGGGGGACAGCGCGGGGGGGAACCUGUGCCUCACCGUGUCCAUGAGGGCCGCGUCGUACGGGGUGCGUCUGCCGGACGGGAUCAUGACGGCGUACCCCGCGACCCUCCUCACUGCCACCGCCUCCCCCUCCCGCCUGCUCACCCUCAUCGACCCCCUGCUGCCCCUCAGCGUGCUGUCCAAGUGCCUCAGCGCCUACGCAGGUACAGAGCCCAUGCCUCAGAAGCGAGCAGAGAAGGUGAACACAAUGAGCCUGGUGAGGAAAGACACGGCCCUGCUGCUGAGAGACUUCCGGCUGGGGGCUUCGGCCUGGAUCAGCUCCCUGCUGGACAACGGGAGAGGAGGCAAGAACAAUGGCACGGACACGGUUCGGAAGAGCGUUUCAGAAGGUGCUCUGAAUGCCCCCCAGUCAGACCCCGGCCCUCUGGAUUCGGGGGUUCCCGGGACCUCCUUCUUAAAGAAACGGGACUCGCUGAAGAGCCAGACCUGCCAGGACCUGGGCAGCCACACCCCCUUCGGGACGAGUCCUCCUGGCCAGCAGGGGGGGCUGCUGAGGCAGGACAGCAGGCAGCAGCAGUCCGAAGACGUCAGCUUCUUCCUCACGGAGGACUCGGGGGAGGGACCCCCUGACUCUCAGCUCCCCUUGGUGGUGGUCCCGGAUGUGGAGGAGGAGCCGGGGUUCGUUCUGGGGCCCCCCCGGUGCCCCUCCCCAUCCUCCUCCGCGCCCCAGGAGUUCCCGGAAGGAUUCGAGCCCCUGCGCUCGGACCAGCUGGCCGACAUGAAGCUGCAGACCUCUCCCAUCGUCAAGAACCCCUUCAUGUCUCCCCUGUUGGCCCCCGACGACAUGCUGAGGGGGCUGCCCCCCCUGCACAUCGUGGCCUGUGCCCUUGACCCCAUGCUCGAUGACUCCGUGAUGUUUGCUAAGCGCCUCCGUGCGAUUGGGCAGCCAGUCAGCCUCUGUGUGGUGGAGGACCUCCCACACGGCUUUCUCAGCCUAUCACAGCUCUCCAGGGAGACGAAGGAGGCGGCCGACAUCUGUGUGCAGCGAAUCAGAGAGGUCUUCCACUGCAAGGCCCCACCCCGCACCCAGCGCAAGCACCGGAAGCUGGAGCGGACCAAUCACGGCAUGGGGAGCGUGGCCAGGGCAGAGCCAGGGGAGGAACCCGGGACAGUGACAUCACAGCCCAGCGUUGAGAUCGGAGCGUGAGAGACAGCGAGAGAGAGAGAGAGAGAGAGAGAGAGAGAGAGAGAGAGGGAACAAGGGAUUGAAAGCAGGGAGGAGGGUGAAGAAAGACUCUUUGAAAAGAGAAACGUUGAAUUUUCUUGCAUUUUAUUUUUUUUGGUGGAACAGAACAAGUUAUUAUUAAUAUUAACAUUAUUAUUAGCUUAUUAUUGUAUUAUUAAUAAUGUUUUUAAUCAUUACCGCGUGCCCUUAAGAUUGAAGUGAAAAGGGAUAUAACUUAUUCAGUUCACAAGCGGCCUAUAAUGUGUGAUGGUGAUCUGUGUGUCUGUCUGUCUAUCUGUGUGUGUCUGUCUGUCUGCCCCUCCAUUAGUAAGAUGAUUAUAAAUCGUGCAUAAGAAAUCAACCAAUCACAGCCCAGCUCAUUAUGCAAAGUAUAGUGAUGUCAUCUGAUAUUUAGAAAACUCCGCUGCACAAGAUGACAUCACAAAACUCAGCUGCACAAGAUGACAUCACAAAACUCAGCUGCACAAGAUGACAUCACAAA